AUGGCUAAAUCCGCGACGGCCCAAAGCCACUCCGCCCACGAUCCCGCGAUCGACAUGGUGGCCCCACCACCUCUCACCACCGCACCGGCCACCGCCGCCGAACAUGGUGGAACCUCCUAUCAAGGUGGGCUUGUUACCACCGCUGACUUAGGCCCGAUCUUGGAGCAACUUCAAGCGAUCCCUUCAUUGCCUCCACGCUCGACACACGCUCCCGCGCACACCUCCAAUGAAACCCUAGCCCGUGUGCAAUUGGGCUCCACACACUUCUCUCCUCCUGAUCCACGAAGUCAAGCAGACCUUAGUCUGAGAGUUGACCAGCUAGCUCAGAGAAUGGACGACCAAAGCGAUCUGAUGAGGCAACUCCUCCACCAAAUAAGCUUGGCUCAAAACCUUGGCCUUGGACGACUAGGCGAAGAGAGAAGGAUGGACGAACGCACCGGCAGGCAACUCAACGGGUACCCAGCAGGUCAAGCAGGAGUAGGCAGACAAGGCGAGGGACAACAACUUGAUCGGCCUACCGACAUGUCACAAGCAUCCGCGAGCCCCACUCGGAGCAGAUUAAGUUCGAGGAACAACGUGCGCGAGAGGCUAGGCCCACGACUUGACGUCCACGCCCGCUUGGGACCGCAGGGAAAUGUACUUCAAAGGCUAGGCCCCCAGGGAGGACAAUCAGACAACCAUCGCAACGAGGAUCGUGAAGAAAGACGCUCAGCUGUCCACUCGCAGACGAACAUUCACGAGAGGCUACGUCCCCAGGGUGGUCAACCGGAUAAUCCUCACAAUGAGGACCGCGAAGAAAGACGCUCCGCUGCUCACUCACGAAGAGACGGCUCUCGUCGACCAACUACGGAGAAUCUCUCGCAAGCGCAGUCCACCAACACUCCGCCUAGGCAGCGCAGACGAGAAGGUCGACACUCGCAGACCCAGGAGGAGGUCAGUCAACGUCGCCCGAAUCGCGAUGGUCGCCAACGUGAUCGACCAACAAUGUGCAUAGAGGACGUCGAGAAGCUUAUGAAUGACCGACUUCGAGAUCUGAAGACUGGUGGGAACCUCGACGAUGCACUACGCAAGGAGAUCGACCAUGCAAGCUCCACACCUUUCACUGCCGAAAUCGAGCAGGCUGCUCCCCCAAAGCGAUUCUCCACACCUUCGUUUACACACUUCAAAGGGGACUCCGAUCCCGAGAGUCACCUAAAACACUUCAAAAGUGUCAUGAUCCUCCACAAGGCCGACGACGCGUUGAUGUGCAAGGUAUUCGUAGUGACCUUGCGAGGAGCAGCCCAAGAUUGGUUCCACACCCUGCCAUCUGGGUCGAUCAACAGCUUCAAGGAGUUGGCUUACGUCUUCACCAAAGAGUACACCUCUUACCGGACGAUCAAGAAGAACCCUGACCACCUGUACAACCUGCGCAAGAAGUCCGACGAAUCCCUUCGAGAUUACAUCAAGAGAUUCAAAGCAGAAAAGGCCAACAUUGUAGGAUGUGACGACCGGAUCGCAUCAUCUGCUUUCAAGAAAGGCCUCCCAGCUGAACACGACUUGUACCGCGAGCUGACUAUCACUCCCAGCCAGACUCUGGCAGAGGUCUAUGCGACCGCGGAACGCUACGCGCUCUGGGAUGACGAUCGAAUCGCCGCAAAAAAGUCUACUAAGCAUGAAGAUCAACCGACUAAGCGGGCAGGUCAAAGAAGCGAUGGAUUUAGCAACAAGAACAAGGAUAGGCGCAGGUCACACCCACAAGGAGACGCUACAGCAGGAGAGAACUACACCAAGUUCACCAUCCCCAUACAUCAAAUCUUAGCCCAAGUGAAAAACAAACCUUGGGUAAGAAGACCGCCACCCUUGAAAGGAGAUCCAGACAAGAGGGAUACAAACAAGUACUGUGCCUUCCAUGGGACACACGGGCACACUACCAAUAACUGCCUCGCUUGGAAAGCACACCUUGAAGAACUCGUGAAAGAGGGUCAUUGCACGGAGUUCAUCGCGAAGCAGGCCAUCCAGCGGAUUGAAGAUCGAGACACCGCCAAGGAACCGCCCCAGAAGGUCAUAAGGAUUAACACAAUCCUAGCCGACGCCAAGGAGUCAGGACUGACCAGCAAGGAAAAGAAGAGGAAGAUCAAACAGGCCACUAUGAUCUCCCAAGUCUCGACUGACCUUCUACCAACAGAAGACGAUCCUAUAAUCGGCUUCCAAAAGAAAGAUCUGAUCGGCCUCGACAUGCCACAUAACGAUGCCCUUGUCAUCAGCAUACAAAUCGCUCAGGCCAUGGUCGACCGAAUCCAUGCAGACGAGGGCAGCGCAGCCAAUAUCCUGCAACUGGCUGUCAUCCAGCAGAUGGGCUUGGAGGCAAAGAUCAACAAAUCAGCCAGAUCGCUGACCGGCUUCAAUGGCGCAACAACGGUUACCGUGGGCACAAUAGACCUUGACGUCUACUCCCCACCUGUAGUCUGCUUGCAAACGUUCAUGGUCAUUAAUGAGGUCUCACCCUACAACGGCAUUCUGGGCAGGCCAUGGAUCGGCAUGAUCAACGCCAUCACCUCUGCCACACAUCAGAAAAUUCGGUACCCAAUCCCUGGGGGCGGUGUUGGACAAAUCAACAGCGAUCAGGCAAUGGCGAGGAAGUGCUCCGCCCAAGGGCUGAAGAAAAGCAAGCAAGCGCAGUUCCUCCCAGUAAGCCAGGCAGAUCUGAAGGAGCAAUCAAAGCGUCAGGACCAAGCCGAGGAAAUCCGUCCAGAGGUCUUUCCUGAAGAAGGAUGGAAGCCCGAGGAGGACAUCGAGUUAAUACCCUUGGAUCCUGACCAGCCAGACAAAAAAGCGCGGAUCGGCUCGCGCCUAAGCCCAGACGAGAAGGUGGAACUUACCACUUUCCUCCAGAACAACAAAGAUAUGUUCGCAUGGUCGCCGUCAGACAUGCCUGGUAUCGACCCGAACAUCAUAUGUCACCGACUCCACGUCAACCCUGCCUGCAAACCAGUGGCGCAGAAGAGGCGCAACUUCGCACCCGAGCGGGUCGCCAUCAUCGAAGCCGAGAUUGAUAAACUCCUAGCCGCCGGCUUCAUUGAAGAGGUCUCCUACUCGGAGUGGCUCGCUAAUGUUGUUCUAGUGGCAAAACAAGAGAAGGGAAAGUGGAGAGUCUGCGUCGAUUACACCGACCUCAACAAAGCGUGCCCAAAAGACAACUUUCCAUUGCAAAGAAUCGACCAACUAGUGGAUUCCACUUCUGGCAAUCAGCUACUUAGCUUUAUGGACGCCUACUCCGGCUACAACCAAAUCUUGAUGCACGAGGAUGACAAGGCGAAAACUUCUUUCAUCAUCGAGAGAGGGACCUACUGCUACAAGGUCAUGCCUUUUGGGCUGAAAAACGCCGGAGCAACCUACCAAAGACUGGUGAACAAAAUCUUCAAGGAGCAGAUUGGCAAAACUAUGGAGGUGUACAUGGACGACAUGCUGGUCAAGGCCCCAAAACGUGCAGAUCACCUCAAAAACCUCGCUGAGGCAUUCGGCCUGCUCCGCCAGUAUCGCAUGAAGUUGAACCCAAGUAAAUGCACAUUUGGUGUAUCCUCCGGCCGAUUCUUGGGAUACUUAGUCACACAACGAGGUAUCGAGGCACACCCACGUCAGAUCAAAGCUAUUCUCGAGAUGAAGUCGCCUUCCACAGUGAAGGAAAUACAAAGUCUGACGGGCAGAGCAACGGCCCUCAACUGGUUCCUCUCAAGAUCAACCGACAAGUGCAAACCAUUCUUCAAAGCUUUGAAGAAAGGACAAAGAGACAAAUGGGAUGAGGAGUGCGAAGUAGCUUUCCAGAGUCUGAAGGCUUAUCUCACUUCACCUCCCCUGCUUUCAAAGCCAGUCCCUGGUGAGGACUUGUUCAUGUACCUGGCAGUGUCCAACUCAGCUGUCAGCUCAGCUCUCAUCAGAGAAGAGCUGGGGGCCCAACAUCCGGUAUUCUACACGUCAAAAGCUCUCCUCGAUGCAGAGACUUGUUACCCAAAAUUGGAGAAACUCAUUUUGGCUCUUGUAGUUUCCGCGAGAAAGCUACGACCCUACUACCAAGCUCAUCGAGUCAUCGUCAUGACCGACUUUCCUUUGAGAUCAAUCCUUCAUAGCCCUGAUGCUUCUCAGCGACUCAUGAAGUGGGCUAUAGAGCUAAGCCAAUAUGACCUCCUCUACCGGCCAAAAGCUGCAAUAAAAGCCCAGGCUUUAGCUGACUUCGUAGCAGAGUUCACCCCAUCGGCCGAAGAAGAGAAAAUGGUCAACGAAAAGAAGGAAAGUUCAAAAGCAGACGGGACCUCCGCUGAACCUAGCCAACCUAGAGACACGUGGCAGUUGCGGGUAGACGGAGCGUCAAACCAAAAAGGAGCUGGAGCGGGUGUCGUCAUCAUCACCCCGGAUGGAACCUUGUUGGAGCAAGCUAUCACGCUUGGCUUCCCGGCCUCGAACAACGAGGCAGAAUACGAGGCACUGCUCGCCGGCCUGCGCUUGGCAAAGGAACUCGCAAUCAAGAAGCUAGCCAUCUACUCAGAUUCCCAGCUGAUCACGAAUCAAGCGUCAGGUGAAUACAUGGCGAAGCACCCAAGGAUGAUUUUGUACCUUGACAAUGUCCAGGAGUUGUUGAAGGCGUUCCCUACCUUCACCAUCCAACAAGUUCCCCGGGCAGAGAACGCGUAUGCAGACGCACUAGCCAGCCUAGGGUCAGCACUGGAUGCCUAG